AGAAGAAGAAAAAAAGAAAAGAAAAGAAAAAAGCUUAUAAAUAAAACGUGACUUCCGAAAUCCAUGAAUCAAUGAAUAGGUUACCAAAAGCAAAGGCAUUCCAAAUUGUGGCGCCAUAGCCUUCGCGCCAAAACCUUCCCUUCCCGCCAUUUCCCUCUCUCUCUAUAUAAACCCUAAAACUUCUCUUCCAUAAUCAUCCAAUCCCAUCUCCAAUUUCUCUACAAUUUGUCCCAAUUUCCCUUUUCUCUUUCCCUAAAUUUCCCUUUCAUAUCUCCACCAUGGUGGUUCCUCUCGGCCCCGGUAAGUUCUACGGCAGCAGCCUCCCUCGUCCCCGCUACUACACUGACGUCAAGCUCAACGAUGAGCGUGUCGAUCCACCGACGCCGGUCCUCGAUCCACUCCUCUCAUGGGCGAACGAGGCUCAUUGGUCAAUGGGUGGCCUCAGCUUCAAUCGCCUCAGGCUUCAAGGUCGGAUCGAAGGUAAUGUUCACAAGCUUCGAGCCGAGCGCGAGAAGGUUGCCAAGGAGAAGCUUAGAGCCAAGAAACUGGACUCUGCGCCAAAGAGAUCUGACCCAGAUAACGGAGCCAAUGCCAACCGCCAAUUGAAGAAGGCGAAAUCUGUAUCUCCACCGCCAGCACCGAUUGCAACCAAGAGACGGCGAUUGAUGGUUCUGUUUGAAGAUGAGGAUGAUGAUGUUGGCAUGGAUAAGGAAGUGAUUGGGGUUGUGAAGAGGAGGUUGGUGAAGAAGCUGGGAGACGAUUUUGAUCGAGUGGCUGCAGAGAGUAAGAGGAAUCAAUUGAAGGGUUCGAGGGAUAGAAGCUCGGAGAUCGAUGGGGUUGGUGAAUCUGUAAUGAAGAUCGUUGAGGAGAUUAACGAUGAAAACAAUAAAGGGAAAAAGACGAAGAGUGGAGGAAAGGGGAAGAAUGGUGGAAAAAUGGAGUCUGGUUCUGUUUCUGCGACAAGAACUUCUCCUAGAUUGGCUAAUAAGCGUGGAUUAAAUUGAUUCAGUAUAUGAAUAUAGUGUAGUUUUUCUUUUUGGUUUUUGAUUUUCAAAACUGAGCCAAGUCCUGUAAUGUUGUUCAUUUCCUUGUUUGGCUGUGGAAAUAUGAAAAUGAGCGUGGGUUCCUCCAAUUAUCUGAUCUUUUCGAUGAAAUUGUUAGAAGAUUUGCCUUCUGGGUUUGUUCAAUUCAAAGGGGAAAACCCAAAAAUUCAACCCCUCAAUUCAGAUCUUAGGGGGAAAAAAACUCUUUUUGGAGGUUAAACAUGGAGAACGAAGCUUAAAGUGAAACUCAAUUUGCUGCUGACAAGGUGUUUGAAAGAAUGCCGCAGAGAUUUAUGAA